GUUCGAGGCGGAGCGUUUCGUGACUGCCGACUUCCAGACCACGGUGGUGUUCGAGCCGUUCGGUGGGGAGCACAUCCUGACGCGCUACGGUGCGAAGGAGUACGGAUGGAUGCAGUCUCAGCCGUUGGAUGUGGACCACUCUCCCGACUACGAUUUGCUCAAAGGCCCUGGGCGGGCCUUACUCUACCGAAUCCUCGACCUGCACUGGCCUUACAUCACAGUGUUGGCUUUUCCCUGUCAUCCGCGGUCCUUGAUGACCAACAUGAACAAGGGUGUAGACUGGGAUGAAGUCCGCAGGGGCACGGGCAAGCCGAUCAAGAAGCCGACAGGGUGGCUCACGAACAGCGCAGCGGUGGCGAACCAGCUGAGCAGGCGCUGUGCCUGUCCGCCCGGCGCUCACCAGCAGCUGCUCGGGAGGAACUCGGGUGGCUAUCGGGCGCAGCAGGCGGCGGCCUACCCCGUGGGCCUCGCGAAGGCCUUCUGUCGCGGAGUGCUCCAGCAGAUGCAGAUCGACUGCCGCAGCUCGCUGGUCAUGGAUGCGGCCUUCCCUGUGGAGGAUGCUUUCCCGCACGAGCGUCCGCGAUCGCGGGCCCCGCCGCGAGGAGAGCCCGUGCCGGAGGAGGCACACCAGGAGGGCCCGCCUCUCGGAGAGGACGCGCCGCCCGCCGAGGCGGCAGCGGAGGCCCCCGAGGCACCGGCCGAGGUGCCCGCGAGGCCCAGGCGCGGCCGAGCGCCUGCUCGACGCGAGCGCGGAGUGCCUCCUGGCGGACGUCCGCUGGGCUUCCGCCGGGGACGGCGUACACAGUACGGCGAGUUCGAGCUGCUGACGGUAGAGCUGUGCGCCGAGCUGGACACGUUCCGGAGUUGGCAUGGACGACUACUGGAGACGAUGGGCGAGGAUAUCGAGACGAUCAUCUGGGGCUCGGACCUCUUCCUGGAGGAGCUGGGAGGAGUCAUCAGCGAGCCGCUGAAGAUGGUGAAGGCUAGACGCGGGGGUCAGCGGCUCCAGACGGCGCAGCCACAGCUGCACGCCGCGGACGCCCCGCUCAGGAUGGUCACGACACUCAAGGGCGACCAGCUUUUCAGGCUGGACUUCGAGGACUGGUCGCAACAAUCACUGCAAGCACGACGGCGCUUGUUGCCACGACACCUACUCGAGAACGACGUGGUGGUCUUCUACUUCGCGGGCUACGAGCGGGGCGACCUGCCCGAGGGGCCGGCUGCAGCACAGCAGCGGGACGCCUCACGGGAGAGGAAGCGACGUUGGGAGCUGUUGCCGAGGGCCGUCAAGAGGGCGAUCGAGCGGGUGCACGUGAACCUCGGGCACCCCUCACGGCCGGCGCUGCUCAGGGCGCUGCGCCUGGGCAAGGCGACGGCGGUGGCGCUGAGGGCAGCAAGGUUGUUUGUUUGCGAGAGCUGCCGGCGAGUGCAGCGACCCAGCAUCCCACGUCCGAGUCAGCUUCCGAGGGUCGACGAGUUUAACGUGCUGCUCGCGAUGGACUGCUUCGAGAAUGUCGACAGCGCCGGCAACAACUGGGAGUUCCUUGGCAUCAUGUGUAUGGGGACAAACUUUCACGUGGUUUGCCUGCUGGAGGACACUCACAAGAACCCCAAGGCCUCGGAGGUCAGGAAGUUCUACGAGCUCUGCUGGGUCUCCUGGGCUGGCCAGCCGGAGGAGGCGAUCAUGGUGGACCGCGCGCGGUCCUUCCUGGGCGAGUUCGCGGACUACCUGGAGCAGGAGGGCGUGCGCCUGGACUCGGCCGCGCUGGCCUCGCCGUGGCACAUCGGCAAGAUGGAGCGCCACGACGGCAUCUGGAACUCGAUGCUCACGAGGGUGGUGCACGACAAGCAGGUGGCGGGCCUUGAGGAGAUGAGGACGGCAGUGACGGAGUGCAACAGGGCCAAGAACACUCUGGCCCGGCGGGCUGGUUUCAGCCCCUACCUCUGGGUCCUUGGCCGGGAUGUCCGACUCCCGGCGAGCCUCGCAGAUGACGCCGAGGUGGAGCGUGUGGGCGAGCAGGUGGCAGCUGCUACGCCGGGCUCACGCUUUGCCCGCAAGGUGGAGAUCAGGACUCAGUGCAGGAUGGCUUUCAUCCAGACCGACACGGAGGAUCGACUUCGACGAGCAGAGCUUCGACAGAUACGACCUACGAGAGGGCCGUUCGUUGUUGGCCAGUGGGUACUUUUCUACGACCAAGCGCAGCCAGUCAAGCAUCGACCCGAGCAUCCAGACAACUGGCGAGGGCUGGCGCGCGUGAUCGGACAUGAGGGACGGCAUGGAGUGUGGCUCGCUUUCCGUGGCCUCACCGUGCUCGCGAGCCCGGAGCACCUGGCUGCAGCGACCGGCCACGAGAUCCACGCCUGGAGAUCGAUUGCACAGGAGCAGGAGUUGGUGCACGACGCGCCCGUCAGUGGCGGCAGCGGCUUCGUGGACUUGCGAGGUCGGCCCAGGCCCCCCGCCGCAGCGGGGCAGGAGCCCGCUGAGCAGGGCGACGAGAGCGGCAUGGACGUCGGGCCGCAGGCAGGGGCGCCGGAGGAGCCGCAGCCCGCCCCGGCUCCGCCUGAGCCGGAGGCGCCUCAGGCCCCGCCUGCGGCGGAGGCUCCUCGCGCGGCCCCCGCCGCGCCCGAGCCGCCCGCGGCGCCAGCCCCAGCGGUGGGGGCUGAGGACGUGCCCGUGCCGCCCGACCUGGACUUCGACGCGAUGGAGUUCGACGCAGCGAUGCAGGACAUCAUGAGAGAUGACGGCGACGAUGACUGGCACCCUGACUCUCACGGGGUGCAGACGGAGCCCGAGCCGGAGGCCUCUCGGCAUCGGCGUCCUGGGAAUCUCCUGGAGGAAGAGGAGACUGAGGAGCGCCGCGAGCGGGAGGCCAAGCGACGGCGCCUGCUGGACGACGUCCCUGUUUCGAUCCGACAGGGGACUGCAGGAUCCAGCCUCUCGGCGCCUGUCGACUCGGCGAAGUUCGUGCUGGACAAUGACCUGGAGGAGUUCAUGGAGGCCGGCUUCGAGACUUACCAGCAGGAUGAGGCCUUCUUUGUCCAGGAGGGCAUUGGCAAGGAGGAGUUCAUCUUCGGGCUGAUGCGGAAUGAUUUCGAGCACGCUUUCCUGACGAAGAAGCCUGGCAGGAAGGAGAUCAAGCUCGGCAGCUUGCCUGAGGAGCAACGCCGGAUGUUCAUGGAUCGAGGUGGCAGUCGUGAUGCAGAGUGGCGAUCCUGGCAGGACUUUGAUGCAGCUGAGCCGAUCCCGCCGGAUGAGAGUGACUCGAUCCGCGCGGACAAGGCCAACAUCAUCAUCCCGAUGCGCUGGGUGGAUACCGACAAGAACGACGGGAAGUAUGAUGAGGCCGGAGCCCCCCUGCCGCUGCUCGCGAAGAGCCGCCUGGUCGUGGUGGGCUUUCGCGACCGCUUGCUGGGUAUGUUCAGGCGAGACGCUCCCACUGCCUCACGGCUGGCGGAGGCGCUGCUCCUGACGUUGGCGGCGGCCAUGGGCAUGACCCUCUCCCUGGGCGACGUCAAGAACGCCUACUUCAACGGGCAGAACCUGCAGCGCGAGCCGGCGCUCUUCUACAGGCGCAUGGACGGGCAGCUGAAGGGCAUCGCGGUCUCGCACGUCGACGACGUGCUGGUGGCGAGGAUGAAGGACAUGCAGCUGUCGGACCUCUUGCCGAAGGUCCUGGGUACGUUCCAGUGGAAGUGGAGCGAGCUGCCCUUCACCUUCCGUGGCCGUGAGAUUUCAAGUGAUCCGAGAGGUUUUCUGGUCAAGAUGGUGAACUACGCAACUUCCAUCAAGCCGAUCAAGAUCCCAGCAGGACGAAGGAAGCAGUUGCAGGAGGACCUGAACGAGAACGAGGCGAAGGAGCUGCUGAGGGUAUCUGGUGAGAUCGGCUGGCUAGGUCGACAGUGCCGACUCGACCUGGCCUUCCUCUCAGGCGAGCUGCAGAGGGCCCGAGCGGCCCCGUGCGUGGCGGACCUGGUUAAGGCGAACCUGGCGGUGUCUGAGGCCAAGAAGGGUGCCGAGGUCGCGUUGGUCUACCCGGCCAACCUGAGGCUGUCCAGCGCCGUGAUCGGCGCGGCCGUGGACGCAGGCCACGCGAACGGCCCAGAGCACGACGACAUCGAGCGCUACAAGAGCUGCGGAGGCCACGUGGUGCUCCUCACGACCGACGGCAUCCUGGCCGGACACCAAGCACCAGUGGCAGUGCUGGACUGGAAGAGUGGCAUGACACAGCGUGCCAGUCACCUGGCCGAUGCGGUGGAGGCCGUCGACUGGGCGGCAGUGCUGUUCAGAGAGGCUAUGAAUGUCUCAGUGGACUUGCUCAACUGGCAGGGGGAGGUGCAGCGGCUUCCUCGCUUUUGGGCAACGGACGCCAAGUCCGUCUACGACCACCUCACGAAGGAGGGCUCGGCCAAGAGCAAGGACAAGAGGAUGGCUAUCGAGGGGGCCUUGCUCAGAGAGGUACUACGCUGCGAGAACACCCGCCUCAGGUGGAUUGACGGCUCGCAGAACAUAGCAGAUGUGCUGACGAAGCUGGGAGUAGACAAGGUCUACCUCUACAAGGUGCUGCGGGAGGCCAAGUGGAGUCUAGUGCAGGACCCGGCGGCAGCGGCGAUCAAGAUGAAGAAGAGUAUGCAGCGGGCCAGCCGCAAGACCGCCAUCGACUCGAGGAAGACGGAGAAGAGGCAGCAGGACAAACUCGUGAGAGCUAAUGAGAUGCGGGACAUCGCA